UGCCGAUAGAAAACAUCAGUCUUUUUUCGCACUGUGCUCAAGGAUGGAGCCACCGUUGAAGAAGGUGAAAACGGGAAUAGGUCUUGUUUCUGCUUGGCCAAAGUUCUCUGAAAGAGUCGAUGAAAAUGAAGAAAAAGAAUUCUUUCUAGAUGAAGGUUACGUGAAGUUGAUUGACUUCUUGUCACCGGAUGAAGUUGGUGCCAUAAGGAGUGAGCUGGAUAGGUAUCAGAAGGAAGUUGUGCCAGAUCUACCACCCAAGAGAGCAUUCUUUGAGAAGAAGGAUGAUGCCAGCAGCGUUAUCCGUCUGGAAAGAAUGGCAGAUUUUGAUGACUACUUCAAAGAUUUAAGUGAAUCUCCAGCAUUCAAUGGUUUAGCUGACAUCCUUCUAGGUGUAGAUUGUGAACCAAACAACGUGCAGUUCUUCUCUAAGCCACCAGGGGCUAAAGACACACCACCUCAUCAAGAUGGGAUCUAUUUUAUGCAUGAUAAAGGGAUCACCUUUUGGUUGGCUCUCGAUGAUGUUGAUGCUGAAAAUGGUGCCAUGUCAUACAUUCCUAAGAGUCACAAGCUUGGUGAACUGAAACAUAACAAAACUGAUCAGCUAGGCUUUAGCAAGGCUUUGGAUGAGUUUCCAGAGUCAAUGAAGAAGGAUGCAGUGAUGAUGGAAGUAAAGAAAGGAACUCUUCUAGGACAUCACCCAUACACAGUGCAUAUCGCUGGGCCAAACAAGUCAAAGGUAAGAUGGAGGCCAGCUCUUGGGUUGACAUACUGGGCAAAGAGUUGUCGUGAUGAUGAGGAACUUCAAGAAAAGCAUAGAAACUAUGAGAAGAAACUGAUGAAAGAGCUGAAAGAAGCUGGCAAGAUAUAGGUGAAGGGGGAAGUUGCUCAGGAAACAUGCUAUCCCACUCCCAGCAGGCAAUAUGUAGGGGGAUGUUACUUCUUUUGGAUUGUAGACCCUUUGUUAUUCAGUAGUAGUAAUAAUAAUUUAGUGGUGUCAGUAAUUUUGUUUAGCUCAACCAUGGAGAAAUUUCAUAAUGAUAAUACCUCCACAAAUAAUUCCAUUGAAAACAUUUUUAAUCUAAUGAAUUUUAAGAAAGAUCUGGGGUAGAUUUCUGUAUUGGUGUUCAUCUUAGCUUGGCUAUAAUCAUGAAAUAUAUAAUUAUAGAUCAUUAAUUUCUGUGGUUUUGUCAGUGUAGUAAUAUGGAGGUUUCGGCCGCGAACGUAUAUGUUUAGUGUGACGGAUACGUCAUCAUUUAUGACAUCAUAUGCCAGAUGCUAUCUUGAAUUGCGCUGUGAUUGCGAAAAACACAGAAUGGCUACAAACUGUUACCGAUAGCUGAACGUGUGCGUACACGUAUUCGUUUGCGUGCGAAACCUCCCUAACAUCUGGUUUAAUACCUCCACCAAGGAGGUUAUGUAUCUCUACAUGUCUCUGUUAGCAAAAGGGAAAUAUUGUAAAAGACAAUGUCAGUGUGAUAAUGUUUACUAUGAUUGACCAGUUAACACUAUUAUGAGGCUCAGAUUGCUCAAACUUUGUCUGUCCAGACUAUGUAUUCCCAUAUAUAGUCAUGCCUAUAACAUAUGGUUGUUGUGUGAUGUCAUCAUGGCCAUAUUUAGGCACAUCACAUGUUCUUUUCAAAUAAAAUUUGAUAGCCUCAACAGGGCUUUAGACAUUCUAUACUUCAUCAGACAUGUUUGAUAAAGUAUUCUCUGUUGUGAUGAUGACCCAUACUUUGAGAAAAUCUGGUAAUCAUAUUAAUUAUAUUUACCAUAUAAUAAUAUUUUUCUUAACGUUUAUUAUUUUUUUAAUGGUGGUUGUAGAACAUUACUUUAUUUGUAGAUUUAACAGGAAUUUUAAAGUAAUUGGUGUAAAGAAAGGCUUGCACUGUGUCAACGGUCUUUGACUAACAUGAUUCCAUCGAGAAUCUAAUGCCGGGCACACACUGCGUCGUAUUACGGUCCGUUGAAUGGCGAACCUAACUCUUGUUCCUGUGAGAGCUAGACGAGAGGUAGACGUCUGCUGAUUGUCGGUGGCAGUCUGAACGAAUCGUCAUAAAAACGAUGUGUUGUG